ACCCGCAGCCGGCACCGGCGCCGGCAGGUCGGAGGCGGGCGGCGAUGAGGAUCUGGAGCUCGGAGCACGUGUUCGGCCACCCAUGGGACACAGUCAUCAAGGCUGCCAUGAGGAAGUACCCAAAUCCGAUGAAUCCCUGUGUGGUGGGAGUUGAUGUGCUGGAGAGGACUGUGGACGGUCGGGGCCGGCUUCACAGCCACCGGCUCCUCAGCACUGAAUGGGGGCUGCCCGGCCUCGUGAGAGCGGUUUUGGGAACCAGUAGGACUUUGACAUACAUCAAAGAACAUUCUGUUGUGGAUCCAGUGGAAAAGAAAAUGGAACUUUGUUCCACCAAUAUCACACUCACAAACUUGGUGUCCGUGAAUGAGAGGUUGGUGUACACACCCCAUCCAGAGAACCCUCAAAUGACCGUGCUUGUGCAAGAAGCCAUCAUCACCGUCAAAGGGAUCAGCCUGGGCAGCUAUCUAGAAAGCUUAAUGGCCAGCACAAUAUCAUCGAAUGCAAAAAAGGGUCGAGAGGCCUUGGAGUGGGUGAUCGGCCGGCUGGGCGCGGAGCUGGAGGGCCUCCCAGCCUGAGCGCGGCGGAGCCCGGACGCGGGACGCGCAGACACGUGGAGGAGCCGCCGCGGGACCCGCACCCACCCCGGCCUGCGCUGCGCGCUCGCCCCGCGCUCCUGGGCGGUGGAAGGAACGUUUGUGUUGCCUGCCUGUGUGCAGACGUGUGGGGAAGGCACUCUAAAAGGGGAGUGGUGGUGCCACAGCGUGGCCUACAGCUUGCCUUUAGUUGUUUUUGCGUGUGUGUGCGUAUGUGUGUGUGUGUGAAAAAGUUUUGUUUACUAAACAAGUCAAUGUCAUUCUUUGAUACCCCAUCCCAGAAGCCAAAAUGUCAGAGUGAAAAAGAAAAUGACUUUAUUAUACUUGAUCACCUCCCAGUAUUCAAAUAAAAGUUACUUGUUUGCUGCGAUCAAAGACCCAAGGUGCUCUGGGGGCUUUCUCUGAAAGAAUGCUGCUUCACUCACAGGAGGAACACAGGGGACCCAAAUAAGGGGUUAGGAAAAAAAUAAAAGCCAAAAUUAACAGUCAGCUAUAAAUCAGAGACAUUCUGCAGGGGAGGAGGAGGGAGAGGGAUCAAAACAGAGGAGGGAAGAGCACAGGGACUAUGGUGAUGGCGCAUGGGUGGAUUGGUGAUGGGAAUUUCAUGGGGACUACACCUGAGAGGAGAAAGCAAACACUGUACAAAAAUGAAUAAUGAUGGUCCUCCCUGGUAGCACAAGGGGUUAAGUCUCAGCACUCUGAAGCUAUCAGCAGCCACUGCAGCAGGAGUUCGAUCCCUGGGGCCAGGGAGCUACCCAUAUGGCGCAGCAGACCUCUCCUGUCUCACCCGCUGCUCCCCUCAGCAGUGUACUUUGGUCAGUCUGCCUGUUCUGGUCCCCACUCUGUCUCUGGUGACUCCUCUCACCACCAGCACCCUGCACCUCUGAGCUGUACCCCAGUUCUUGUAUGCAUAAAUAA